AUGAGCCCGGAAGACAAACUCGUUUUCGCUGCUUCGUGUGGGGAUAUUAGGCGGAUAGUUGAGCUAUAUAAUAGUGGUGUUAGCGUUAACAGUUGUUUCUCAACUACCGGAAGCACGGCUUUAAGUCGUGCUGCUCGUCACGGGCAUCUUGAUGUCUGUCGCGUGUUGGUCCAACUUGGAGCUCAAGUGUAUGACUCAUUAUCAAGAAAUGCGUCCUCAUUACAUAGUGCAAGCGGUGGAGGACAUGAAGAGAUUGUUUCGUAUUUACUCUCUGUUGGAGCACGAGUCAACAGCAUGAAAUCUGAGAACGAUGAGACUGCUGGUCACGUGGCUGCGAGAUGGGGAAGGCGUGGUGUGCUGGAGAUAUUGUGGAAGAAUGGAGCCGAUUUUAGAUUGAAGAGUAUCAAGGGAAGGAACGUAGUGGAGGAGGCAUUGCACUGGGGAGAAGAUGAGACGGCUGACUGGGCAAGACGGAAGACAGAAAAUUCGCGAUCUCUGCAGUUGUGCUGCAAGUUGGCAAUUAUUCACUUUUGUGGUCGGACAAACAUACUGCAUUUGCCAUUACCACAACGAUUGAAGGAUUAUUUGAAACAAACUGCAUAGCUACAUCUCGCAAUGUAACUCAACUUUGUAGCAAAGUGUUACACACUAAUUAUUAAAUUAUUUUAAUUUGGAAAUAAAAUUUUUAUAUUGAU